AUGGGGCGACAGGCUUAUCUGAAUCGGCUCGCUUUGGGCCGAUCCCCAUACGAACCUCCGGAGCAUGCUCCCAGUCCCCCAAAUGAGUCGACUGCCGGGCAGCGGGAGUCCAGUAUCCAUGCGGAUGGCUAUGUGCAGCGCUACGAUGACCGAGGCCAUCCGGUGAAUCCUGAAUCCAAGGCACUCGGGAAAGAGUUGCGAAAGGCCAAGAAUGACAUCUUGUCAACUAUGGGCAUUGUCGUUAGCGGCGAAGAUGGGGGUGACGGAGCGCCCAAUGAACAGCAGAAAAUCAACAUGAUAGCUGCCGAGAACGACUAUGGAUUGGUUAUGGCAACCUUAGAUCAGGUGUCUGUGUUCCUGGGUUCGUGGUGGACAUCAUCACUUGCAGGGCGGAUACAGACAUUCAAAAGCUACACUCAUGUCCCUUUGAUGCAUAUCAUAAACUAUGAGCGUAAUUCUAUCGGAGUCGCCGGUUUCUACUUUGCUGGGAUCCCUGCGUGGACAGUGUCAACCUGCCUGUCCAUCUGUCGGCACCAUCCUUUAGAGCGAUUGAUUGUCUUUCUACAGAGUCAUCUAACUCAAUAUUCUCCUAACGAGUUCUGCACUAAGAUAAUACGGGCUUCGUUCACCACAGUACACUAUGCGACGAGAGGAGCUUUACUGGUGCUAGCCGUACAGACAUACAUGUACUCUCUUCUACAAUCUCUGCACCUUGUCCACCCAUACUGCAUGCCGAGCGCUAGUUUCUUCGUGCCAUUCGGCGAACUUGCACCGACACAGCUCCUCUCUUUGCCGGCAAACCUUUCUUUUGGCUCGAUGGCUAACCUUUUCCUGGGUAUCUUGAAGACACCCUCGCUUUUGGUUUACUUAUACGUCUACUUGCGCCCCAUAAUUGAAAUUCGACUAUACAGGUUGAUCCGCCGGCGGCUACCAAAGCCUAGCCUUGCUGAUGAGCUCUCUAUCCGCGUGGCUUUUGAGAACGACCUCAUUGACUGGAUGGUGCCUACGCUCGGCCGCAGAUCAGAAGAAGAGAACCGCCGUGGUAGUUUGACACUUUACGAAGAUAUCAAGUAUGAAUUAUCUGUUCUUCGGAAUUGGGCACUCUCAUGGUUUGGCUUUAAACGGUCACAAGCACCGAGUCGUCCAGGCAACGCUCCCCAGGGAGAAGAGAAAAUUGAAUCCUUACGUCAGUGCAUUGAAGAAUUGCAAAAUGAGCUAGGAGCAGCGCAAACCCGGACCAACCAGACCCGAGAGCGUCCACAACCACUAGCAGAACGAACUCCCGGGCAUGGGGAUGCUUGGCCUAGUUCGACCGCUCCAAAUCUUUCUGUGCAAACCUCCGGACCCGGAAGCAGUUUUCAUGGAGAUCGUAUUCUGCAAAAUGAAGACAACCGGGUCUCGCAGUCGCCUGACGCGAUGAGCACUGACAUCUUCUCGGACAUGCCCCCGUUGGAAGGUGCAAACGCUGCUUCGAAUGAAGAUGAGACACAUCAAAUAACCGAUGCCGAACCACCUCGAGAUCAAGAUGAAAAUCGACGAUUCUCACGUUCCAACACCCUUUUCUCCCGACCAUCCUCACCCGAAACAUCCCCUCCGACUUCGCCUCGAGUACGUGCUUCAUUGAUCCAUCAGAACUCAGACAUCAUCACAAUGCAGCUGGAACUCCUGGGAAACCGCAAUGCACACAAUCAAGGACAGGCAAACAUUCGACCCAGGAAUGCCAAUUUGGGCGACGCCCCAGCAGAUCGCAGAUCAGUCACGGAAUUCCUCGACUCUCUUCUGUCCAACACGGACCAACAUCUGGCCACGAUAGUGAAUGAUGCAGUGGACAGCGACGGUUUAUCUAAUGUGACUGCAGGGGCUUCUCAAAUCUUGCCUGAUGCUCCGUCUGCUCCUACCUCCCAAGCUCAGCCAGCAGAAGCUGACUCAGGUCUUGCAAACAUACUGACCGACAAUAACGAGGUACAAACGCUAGAAGAAGCUUUAAAUGACCCCCUUGGUCCCGAAUACGACGAUGAAAACCGCUCAAACCCGGAACUCCCUCCCCCAGCGCCAAAUGCGCACCCUCGACAACUCACCGGACCACCCGGAUCUCCUGCACAUAGGGUAACAAUUCUAUCUUCCCACCCAGUCGACUCCCUCGCCUCGCAUCUCGCAUCGAUCCUGACAACUGUGAUAUUCCUUCCGCUCGAAUCUCUCUAUCUCCGUUCUCUGGCAUCCUCGUUUCUCUCAUCGCGAAGUUCGUCUUCUGCCCUCCGCUCUGACGUUCGCGCGCUUGGAGCAUGGGGCGGGGGCGGUUCUCGAACUGAUAUUGUUACCUACGUUGGGAAGAUGGCGCUUAUGAUGAGCGUGCAAGUUGCAGUAAAUGCAAGCACAUGGGGAAUCAUCUCUGGUGCUGCUAUCAGAAUCGGAAAGAAGUUCUGUGGCUGGGGGAGUUUAUAA